GCAACGACGCUCCUCCUCCGCCUCGUCACCAUCAUGCGAGGCCCCAAGACGGUGGACGACGACGAGCACAGAGACGGCCAAGAUCUCGCCUCGCUUAAAGAGGAUCAGCAGCUAAACAAGGACGACGCUCCCGUCGUCGAGGAUGUCAAGGAGGGCGAGGACUCUGACGACGAGGACGACGACGAAGGAGAACGAGGAGGAUCUGAGGUUACUAAGAAGUCUAAGCAGAGCAAGAGUGAGAAGAAAAGCCACAAGGCGAUGCUGAAGUUGGGAAUGAAACCAGUCAUCGGAGUCUCCCGGGUUACCAUAAAGAGAACAAAUAAUAUCCUGUUUGUCAUAUCGACACCUGACGUUUACAAAAGCCAAAACUCUGAGACUUAUGUCGUAUUUGGAGAAGCCAAAAUCGUGGACUUGAACUCCCAGGUGCAAAGCCAAACUGCUCAGCAGUUCGGGAUGCCAGAUCUCAGCCGUGUGACGCUCAAGUCACAUGAAUCUUAUUCUGAAACGGUGGUUGAUGAGGAUGUUGAUGAUACUGGAGUGGACCCUCGUGACAUUGAUAUUGUAAUGGCACAAGCUGGUGUGUCCCGGGCGAAGGCUGUCGUAGCCCUCAAGGCUUACAAUGGGGAUAUUAUUGAAGCUAUCAUGGAUCUCACUGCCUAACAAAAGCUGGUCUACAAAGCUUCAGUUUCAACUUUUUUGAGCGAAAUACACAUUCAUCAAUUUCCCAUCUUCUCUGAACUUUCCUUCUUCAAGAUUUUGAGGAUUUUAUUCUUCAAGUUUUGUGGGUAGUUCAAUCUGAGACAAGCUUUACAUGUACGACGACAAUGUACAAAAUAGGUCAAGGAUCUUAUUCCAUUGAUCCAAAUCAUGAAUACAUAUGUCAAUGAUGUCAACUAA